AUGUCCCGGGACAAACUUGCUGCUCUGGACUUGAUGCCACGAGAACUCCAGGAUGUGAGCCAGAGCCGCUUGGAGAGGAAGUUGCUUCGAUCCUCGAGGCACGUCAUUGACAAGCCCACGUUCCUCGGCAUCUACACCAAAUGGAUGACAUUGCAAAUUCCAAGACUUGGUUAUCACUCCGCCCUUGACUCCACGGUUGUUUACAGAGAAGGUUGUGACUUUUUGGCCCGCGAAGGCUACGACAAGGGACCGGUUCUUGCUUCGUUCUCGAACCACCAGAAUGAGUACCUGAAGUGUUUCCCAGAUGGUAAGCGGGAGUUCAACUACGCCAGACGCGACAUUGAGAUCCACUUCAAGAAGCUGGUUGACCAGCCUUGUCGUGCUUCUGUCCAUUCUGCUACAGCCACUUCCUCAACCUUCAAUGAGCAUCUCCUGCAGACCAGAGCUCCUCUAUCUUCAUCAGCUUCGCAACAGUCGGAUUUGCAGAGCAGGCGCUCCAGCUUCGACAAGUCCAAGUACGACGGUGUCAGUAGCGAACGUUUAGAGUGGCUCUCAGCGCAGAACGAAGAAGAGACUAUCUUCGUCAUGCCUCCUGCUGCAGCGGCUCCAGCCGUCCCUACCGGCGACUACCUGUGCAAGCGCUGCGAGCGACCGGGUACGGAUGAAGACAAACCAUCAAGCGACUGA